AGCGGCGGCCGGCGGCCGUGGCCGGGAGGUGGCAGCCCGCGCUGGGUGGCGGAGAGCCGCGGGGCGGGGGCUGCGGCCGGUGGCCCGCGAGAGAGCUUGCAGGCAGCAUGGCGGGGUUGCGGGCCAGGCGGGGCUCCGGGCUCCGGCUGCUGGCGCUGUCCACGCUCGGCUUCUGCCUGAUGCUGCAAGUCAGUGCCAAGAGGCCCCCUAAGACGCCCCCCUGCCCGCCCAGCUGCUCCUGCACCAGGGACACCGCCUUCUGCGUGGACUCUAAGGCCGUGCCCAGGAACCUGCCCUCCGAGGUCAUCUCUCUGACGCUGGUGAAUGCCGCCUUCUCAGAGAUCCAGGAUGGAGCAUUUUCCCACCUGCCCCUGCUGCAGUUCCUGUUACUCAACUCCAACAAGUUUACUCUGAUUGGAGACAACGCCUUCACAGGACUGUCACACCUGCAGUACCUCUUCAUUGAGAACAACGACAUCUGGGCACUAUCCAAGUUUACCUUCAGAGGACUCAAGUCUUUGACACACCUAUCGCUGGCCAACAAUAACUUGCAGACAUUGCCUCGAGACAUCUUCCAGCCCUUGGAUAUCCUUAGUGACUUGGACCUGCGGGGCAACUCGCUCAACUGCGACUGCAAGGUCAAGUGGCUUGUGGAGUGGCUGGCGCACACCAACACCACCGUGGCUCCCAUCUACUGUGCCAGCCCGCCCCGCUUCCAGGAGCACAAGGUGCAGGACUUGCCACUGCGAGAGUUCGACUGCAUCACCACUGAUUUUGUGCUGUACCAGACCCUGUCCUUCCCAGCGGUGUCAGCCGAGCCCUUCCUUUACUCCAGCGACCUCUACUUGGCUCUGGCCCAGCCAGGUGCCAGCGCUUGCACUGUCCUCAAGUGGGACUAUGUGGAACGGCAGCUUCGAGAUUAUGAUAGAAUACCAGCCCCCUCUGCCGUGCACUGCAAGCCAAUGGUGGUGGACAGCCAGCUGUACAUGGUUGUGGCCCAGCUGUUUGGGGGCUCUUAUAUUUACCACUGGGACCCCAACACCACACGCUUCACCAAGCUGCAGGACAUCGACCCACAGCGCGUGCGCAAGCCCAACGACCUCGAGGCUUUCCGCAUUGAUGGCGACUGGUACUUUGCUGUGGCCGACAGCUCCAAGGCGGGCGCCACCAGCCUCUACCGCUGGCACCAGAACGGCUUCUACUCCCACCAGGCCCUGCACGCCUGGCACCGUGACACUGACCUGGAGUUCGUGGACGGUGAGGGCAAGCCACGGUUGAUUGUAUCUAGCAGCUCCCAGGCGCCUGUCAUCUACCAGUGGAGUCGCACCCAGAAGCAGUUUGUGGCCCAGGGCGAGGUGACCCAGGUGCCCGACGCCCAGGCCGUGAAACACUUCCGUGCCGGUCGCGACAGCUACCUGUGUCUCAGCCGCUAUAUCGGCGACUCCAAGAUCCUGCGCUGGGAGGGCACCCGCUUCUCUGAAGUGCAGGCCCUGCCUUCCAGGGGCUCCCUGGCCAUGCAGCCCUUCCUCGUGGGCGGUCGCCGCUACCUGGCGCUGGGGAGUGACUUCUCCUUCACGCAGAUCUACCAGUGGGACGAGGGGCGCCAGAAGUUUGUGCGGUUCCAGGAGCUGGCUGUGCAGGCCCCUCGGGCCUUCUGCUACAUGCCUGCUGGCGACGCCCAGCUGCUCCUGGCCCCCAGCUUCAAGGGACAGACGCUCGUGUACCGACACAUCGUGGUGGAUCUCAGUGCCUAG